AUGGGCUCCAGAACUUUGGCAAUAGGAAUAAUGUUCUUAUCACAAAGUACAGUUGGAAUUCUGGGAAAUACCUCUCUUCUUUACCACUAUCUAAUUAUUUACCAUAAGGAGCAUACAUUGAAGCCUACAGAUUUAAUUCUAACACAUCUGACCACAGCCAACUCCUUGAUCAUUCUCUCUAAAGGUUUGCCCCUAAUAAUGGCAGCUUUUGGUAUGAAGCAGUUUUUCAAUGAUUUUGUAUGCAAACUUGUUUUAUAUAUUGAAAGACUUGGAAGAAGUAUGUCUAUGGGAACUACCUGCCUCUUGAGUGUCUACCAGGCCAUCACCAUCAGCCCAGAAAAAUCCUUCUGGAAGAAUCAUAAUGUCAAAUCUUCAAACAACAUUGGUCUUCUUAUUUCCAUCUGCUGGGUUCUGUACAUUACCCUACAUUUCAUUUUCCCUGUGUUUGUGCAUAUCACAAGGACUCACAAAAAUACAACAGAAAAAUGGGAAUUUUUAUAUUGCUCCUCUUGGGGUCGUGAAAAAAUUGUAGAUUCACUAUACACAGCAUUAUUAGUAUUUCCUGAACUCUUGCUUUCUGUGCUUAUCAUUUGGUCCAGUGGCUCAAUGAUUUCCAUUCUAUACAGACACAAGCAACACAUUCAACACAUCCGGAGCACCCGCACUUUCCUCAGAACCACCCCUGAGUCUAAAGCCACCCAGAGCAUCCUAUUUCUUGUGUCUACUUUUUUAGUGUUUUAUACCCUAUCCUCCAUAUUACAAGGUUUUAUUGCUGCUUUACAUGAGCCCAGUUGGUGGUUGCUAAACAUCACAGCUCUCAUUUCUAUGUGUUUUCCCACUUUGAGCCCUUUUCUUGUGAGUCGUGACUACAUUUUACUCAGACUCUUAUUAUUAUGGAUAAAUAAUGUCAAAAUCCAAUAA